UACAAAUUUGUAUCUAAAUUAAGAAAUAAACUAAUAAAUAAAUGUUUUUUUUCAGCCUGACUCUACAACAAAUAUCAGUUGUUAGUAAGUGAUAAAAAGACUAGUGCGUUGGGACAAGUGUAUUCUGUAUGUUACAAAACUGACUUUGCUUUCACUGUAGGACAGUCACUUCAGCUCAUUCGUUGAUGAACUAACUGAAUACACCACACGCAACAUCUUGGCCACACCCAUCAUGAAUGGAAAAGACAUCGUAGGCAUCAUCAUGGCAGUCAACAAGACUACUGGACCCCAUUUCACAGAUGAAGAUGAGGAUCUUUUUUUAAAGUAUCUGAAAGUUGGCUCUCUGAACCUGAAGAUUUUUCAUCUGAGCUACCUUCAUAACUGUGAGACACGAAAAGGACAGCUGCUGUUGUGGUCAGCUAACAAGGUGUUUGAAGAGCUCACAGACAUUGAGCGACAGUUUCACAAAGCUUUGUACACAGUACGAGCCUAUCUCAACUGUGACAGGUACUCUGUGGGCCUACUGGACAUGACCAAGGAAAAGGAGUUCUUUGAUAUUUGGCCUGUGUUGAUGGGAGAGCAGCCACCUUAUUCUGGCCCUGUAACUCCUGAUGGAAGGGAAAUUAUUUUCUACAAAGUUAUUGAUUACAUUUUGCAUGGAAAAGAGGACAUCAAGGUCAUACCGUAAGUUUUCCUCUUUUUCUUCUAGUAACCAAUGUAUU